AUGGCGGACCAAGAGAGGACCAUCGUCACUCACUACAACCUACCAACGCCAUAUCCGACGGAGUGGCCCAAGGAGCUGGAUGAGAGUGACGAUGAUGAUAUCCCAGAUGCCGUUGGGAUCCGACGGUCUCGAUCACGCUACUCUGCUUUGGAAAGAAGUGCGAGCGAGAGGAAGAGUCUACUCCCAGGAUCCCAAAGGACCGGAGACGGUCGCGCCAAUUUGGUCCAAAAAGACGAGGCGGAUCCGUUAGGAGUACAUUCGAGCGUUGUCAAUUCAUUGCGAAAUCGCGGCCUACCUGUUGACCAAGACUCGCGUCUCCGAAACAAAUUUAUGCUUUCUUCAACAACAUUCUCUCCUGCCAUGUUCCUCUCUCAAGCACAUUCUGACGCCUCGACGGAUGACCUGCUUCGAGGACUGCAAUUCUUAUCCAGAUCCAUCGAUCAAAAGUCAGCAUCGCUCAAAGUCCUGGUCGAAACCAACUUUGAACGCUUCGUCCGCGCCAAGGCAGUCAUCGACAAUGUUUAUACAGAAAUGAGGAAUCAGGGUGUGGACCCCGUUGCUGGUGCACCUCCGUCCCCACGACAUUCUCGUCGAACCAGUGGUAUUCAUUUUCGGAAUGUGAGCAGCGGCAGUGGCGCCGGUAUGCAUCACCAGCAAACCGCAAGCAAAAACGCUCUUCGAAAAGAGACAGACUAUGGUGUUCAAGGAAUUAAAGGUCCUCUUUUGGAGGUGUCGCAGAAGGCCGAAGAUGUCUGGGGCCCGGCUUUGGGAGGAAAGGAACGGGAAGUCAAUCUAAAAGCAAUUGCAGAAGCCAUAACUAAAGAUCGUACCCUUUACGAACUGGGCUCGAACCUCAGCUCGGCAAUUAAGCAACGAGACUACGACGGAGCUGUAGAGCUCUAUAACGCCGCUCGUCGAUACGCCGCAGAAGCCAGAUCUCUCAGUGAUGCCGUCGUGCGAAAUGGCCGAACUCUCUCAGAUGAACAGGUCCACAAGAUCUUGGUCGUAGGAAGAAUGUGGUCUGAUGCAGAUGAGCAGGUCAAGACGCUGAAAAGAGACUUGUGGCGGAGACUGUCCAAUACUUCCUCCGCUUUGCCUCUGCCAUGUUCGUCUCAGGCCGAAGAACAUAUGGAGCUCAUUUCCAUUUUAUUGCAGCUUGGUGUUGACGAGAGCCCGAUCUGGGUAUAUCUACUGAGUAGAUACGACUUUCUGAAGAACAAAAUCGCUGCAGUGGUUGAAAGAUCGAAGAUCGAGAUUGAGGUCUUGCGACGUCGGCUGACCGCUGGAGAGAAUCCCUCUUCACGGACUGUCGCAGCAUUCUUGCGACAGGCUUCCAAAGACCGACCAGAGGCUCUAGACACUGAGGACGUCAUCGAUUUCUGGAACUGCAUCUCGGCUUAUUUUACGAAACUUCUAUCACUGUCCAGUGGCCUUCUUGGCGAAGUGGUCGAUUUCUGGGAGUCAGCUCAAUCGUUCAUUGAUGGCAGCAAACAGAAAAACUUGCCCACGGGGUUUGAAGGAGAGAGCCGCAAACACCAUCAGCUAUCUGACACCGAAGUCAACGGGCUACGAAGCGGCGCCAUCGAAUUGGUCAGUCAACUCCGAGAUGCAGUAUUCUCUUUAUUUGCAGACCCUCCUCUGGAAGACAUUUCUGCUCUCUUCUCGCCCGCACCCGGCUCUGCUGGAACGCCUACCACCCCGCUGACGGGAUCUGCCUUCUCUCCCACCGAUGGUCGAAUCGGUAAGCUUGACCCCCAAAACUUGCCUGCGGCCGCCGCGAAGAAAGGAGAGCCAUGGGAAGACUUUGCAUUCUGGCCACCUCAUUCGAAUGCUCUGAUUGCUGUCCAUUAUCUGGAGAAGAUCCUCACUCUGGUGGGAGUCGCCGGCGCCGAAAUGGUGGCUCUCGGCCCAGUGAGCAACAACAAUGCAGCAUAUGAAAUGAUCAAAGCCAUGAUCGGAGGCGCUCGCGAGAGAUGUAUGCGAGCUGUCUGCGAGGCCUGGAGUAAGGAUGCUGAAAGCUGCAAAUCUCUGGAAGAUUGGGUGAGAGCGCCUGAAAAGCGAGGUCAAACCCGGAUGCCGAUGUACUUCGAAGCAUAUGAGAGGAAGAUUUUACUGGGCAUGCAACAAGUCUUAUACUUGUCAAAUACGACCACGAAGCCCGGGAGCCGAGAAAUUAUCACCCCUCCGCCUUCGAAGCUUUUGCAAAUGCUUCGAACGCAAUUCGUGAGCAGCGUUUACAAGGCUGUCAGCGGGAUGUUGGAAAAUGCGGAGGCGUCUCCACAGGGAGAAGAAGAUGACUGGGUGCUUGUGACGAGCCUCGGCUCCGUUGUCGACGGUGCCCCUUCUAGUGAGAUGCUUACACAGGAUGCCAUCAAUGCGUCGAGUCGAAAUGUUCGCAUGCUCUUGACCAUGUCAAAUCUCAAAGCCUUACGAAACGAACAUGUCCCCUCGCUCAUUCAACUGUUUGAGUCCUCCUUCUCCAUCAAAUUGGCUGACGAAUCCAAGACCAUCAAAGACGUUUUUGGCCAGAUUGAUGCGAAGCUCUUUCAUUCAUACGCCCAACCAAUGGUUGCAACUCUAACCAAGAUCAUCAAAGAUGGCAUAAACUCGCCAAGCUGGGCACCGACCACCGCAAGACCCGAUCAAGUCAGACCGUAUGUCUACGCGGCAUUGAUGACGCUGGUCAUGGUACAUACAGAAGUGUCGUCAACGGUCUCUCAUCCAGGUUCCAGCAGCCAUCUCCUCGGCGAAAUCAUGUCUUAUCUGCUGGAAAAUGUUUCACAGGCCCUUCUCGAUAGCUUCAAGGAGAGAAGACCCAACACUUAUGCCUUGCCUGCGCUUAUGCAAGCCACGUUGGACACUGAAUUCAUCGCUCAAACCAUGGCCCAGUAUGCCACUUCGAAGGCCGGAGAAGUCCAGGGCCAAAUCUACACCGAGCUGGACAAGCGGACAACAAAUGAAGCCAGGACGAGGCUGCAGCAGGAAUUGGGUGACAUGCGGAUUGUUUUGAAAAAGCUGCGCGAAGGCAGCAGGAACAGUUUCGGUUGCUUCAAGAGGCAGAGACCUGCAGAUAAAGAGCGAGGUCGACCAGAGAGGAAAGCAACCGUCACAUAG